AUGUCUGACCAAGAGACACUGGAGAAAUCGCUUAAAGAUGCUGAUGCCCCUGAAUCCCCACUAGAUGACUUCGAAAAUGGCGUGGAACCGAAAGCUGAUGACCAGCAAAAGCCCGACGUGACCAACGAAGAAAUUGCUAAGUCGAAAUCACCAUCCAAACCAACAUUGAAAUCUAUCGAAUAUUCUGAUGAUCCUGACACGCUCCAAGAACAGCUCGGACUUCUUCCAACGACUAUAGUUUUAGCAAAAGUAAAGGGGUACCGCGCAUGGCCGGCAAUGGUUUUGGCAUAUGAGAUUUUACCCGAGAACAUAAAAAGUAUGAGACCCAAGUCUGUUAAGCAAGCUAAGAAGCAGAAACAACCUGUGAUUGUGGUGCCUGUGCGCUUUUUUAGUGAUGAUACAUAUAUCUGGAUUAAAUCGGCCGACUUGAAGCUACUAAGUCUGGAGGAAAUCAAGACGUUCUUGGACAAACGAGCCAACGCCAAAAAGCAUGAUACGUUGAUCGAUGCAUACAAGUUGGCACAAGAUCCACCGGAAAUGGCUGAGUUCAACCGAUGGGGCUCGGCGGGGCCACCACCAGAGGUGCCAGACACGACAGAAGAUAUCUUUGAAGAAGAUGAGGAAAUGGAGGAUGAAAAUGAAGAGGACGAAGUCGACGAGGAUGACAUAGAUGAGCCUCCCAGAAAGAAAUUAAAGCUCAAGAUCUCUAUGAAGAAGAAACCAAAGAAGAGCGGGGUAAAUUCAAAAACCUCGAAAGCUUCUGCUAAGUCAAAGGCUGCAAAGUCAACUUCGAAGUCGAAAGCCACAGCCAAAUCAAAAGCAUCUAGUAAAGCAACAAAAUCCAAAGCAGCCAAAUCGAAGGAGAAGCCUACUUCAGAUGACGAUGAUCCUGGAUAUGCUGACUAUGAAGAAUUUGAGAGAGAGUUGGAUGAAUCAUCGAUGGAUUCUGAGCCUGAAUAUGACUCUGACUGGGGUGUCGGAGAAGAAGACUUCGACUUCGAAACAGGUGAUUACAUUUUCGACGACGAAAACCAGCAAAAAGAAUUUUCGGCGGAGUUCCCUAGGGCUAAAGAACUCUCAAGCACAUUAACCUUUUACAACAAACAAUUGCUAAGUAAGUAUCGCACAAUAGCGCCUGUGCUACUUGAUGAAGUCGAAAUGAACGAGAAGACGUUAUUAACAGAGCUCCGAGAGGUCGAGAAGCUCAUCAAACUGGGUGAAGUUCCUAAAGUGGCGUUCUCGAAAUCUAGACUUUUCCGUGUGCUAUUAUUGACAGCUCACAAGCCCCAGGAGAAUUUUCCCUACCGCGUAGCGAGAGGUGAAAUCGAUAAGAUCCUCAAACUUAUGCCAUUGACUGCUUGUUCACUCACUUUGGAAGAUUUGGUGGUACCAACUCCCGAGGAGACGCCAGCACCAGAGAUCAAGAAUGAAGAUAAAGUCGAAACGACCGGAGAGGCUGAUGGAAACGACGAAGGAGCAGUAGAAGAAGGAGAUGAAGCUGAGAAACAGAAAGGCAACGGCUCAACCUUCAGAUUAGAAGAGGACCCGAAAGUCAUAAACAAUGACAUCGAAGAAGUCUCAGAUCCGGUUGAGAGUGUUGAAAGUGCAAGUAAUGACACAGACAUUGCGGGAACAGUUGCAUAA